AACAGUUUGAAUGUUGGGUUUGAGCUCACGUAGUCUCGUCGGGUCGCCGCCCAUGUUCGGAAACUUACCAAAGCGUCCCGAAGCCUUUAAAAAAAAAAAAAACUGUUAGCACGCGAACGUAAGCGAACGGAGAAAUGUGCUGACUUUUUUUUUGCCGCAUUUCCUCACACACCACCACCGGACAUGGAGCUGGACCGGCGGCUGUUGCUGGCUCACUGCGCCGCUCACGCCCUCUCCAUGGCGGCGGGUUUACUGGUGGUCGUUCCGAUGGCUCUCAACGGCUCCGCGUUCAAAGGCCGCUGUGCGCUCUUCUCCAGCGGCUACUGGCGGACCGAGGAGCCGCAGCCCGGCGAGGGGGAAGCGGGGGCCGUCGCCCACCUGGUGGUGCAGCAGUGGGGCCCGCCGGCGGCCUGCCAGUUCGCCACUUUUGUGGGCAUUUUCACGGUGCUGUACGGGGCCGCGCAGGGCUGGAGGUGCCUCUUCUACCUCCACGGACGACACGACGACACUUUGUUUUCGUCCUUCCUGACGGUGCUGCUGAGUGCGUGUAUGCUCUUCCUGUCUGGCGGCGCUAGCGUCGUCUUGUCUUUGGGCCUCGCCUCCUGGUGUGACACGGUGACCGACAACGACACACAAACAUUCAGCUGUGCGACGUCCCAGUCGGUUCUGCUUUAUCUGGACGUGGACACCUCGUCUUUCUACACUGAGCUCAGUCUGGCGCAGGCAUCUCUGUGGUUUGUGACGCUCAUGUGGUUGCUCCAGUCCACCCUGGCAUUCAUGCGCCUCUACCACUCGCACAACGGGCCGUGCCUCCUGCGGGAAAAGGAGCUUCUUCUGAGGGACGCCCCCUCCGAAGGCUCCCCCUCGACGACCCCGUAUUCCCCAGAAAACCCCGCCAUUAUGGUCUAACGCCCUACGGAGGCGCUGAUGGAAGCUGGCAGGUUUAUUUUUGUACAUAUGCUCUUCUUCCUCUCAAAUGUACGUGGUGUGUGAACACUCCCGUGAAAUUGCAUCGUAAGGUCCAGUUUGUAUUAGUAUACAAUAACGCAUUGUGACAUUAAUGUCAAAAUGUAGCUCUGCAUGUAUUUACAGAAUCACCUAUCUGUGGUGCAUUGUAGCAUCAGUGUAAACAAACAAACAAAUGUUUUAAUGUGGAAACAAGAAAUAGUGGGGCACCAACCACUCAGUAGCCCAGAAAACAAAUACAGUACUGUUUUAUGGCUUUAUAUACUUUUUUUUUUGGCUAUACUAUGCACAUGCAGUACAUAAAGCUAACAAAAUACGGAAUUCAUUAUAAAACGUAAAAUCAUCGACAGACGGACUCAUUCUUUUUCCUCGUUACAUUUGCCACUUGUUGCUAGGCUGGUUGUCGUUAGGCUCCAUCAUGCCUGCCCCGUUAAGCCAGUAAAAACAUAGUUGUAAGUGAUAUUAUUUGUAUGAGACAAGUUUACGCUCACAUGUUCAUUUUGUAAUUUAGUCAUCGUGUUGUAUUAAAUACAACAAUGCAUAUGCUUAUAUUGUUGCUGUCCAGCAAAAAUCACAUCUCCAAAUCUCCCAAAAAAAAUCCAGAUUUUUUUUGUUUCACAAACAAAAUGUAUUUUGGUUGUUUUUCAGAUUAAAAAAAAAAUAUAUAUAGAUAAUUAUACUGCAAAAAGGAACUCAUAAAAUUCAGGAAAGAAAUGCUGGACAGAAAUAUUUAUUUGUAGAAAUUAACACGCAUGUUGAUUUAGUAAUUUAAUCAUUGCUCUGUAUUGGAUAAAAAAUAUAUAUAUACUUAUUUAAAAGAAUGAAAUACAGCACCAUCAGCUGGAUCUAAAGGGUCACUGUGCUAUCUGCCCCAAAUGCACUUGCCACUAAUUGAAAUUAUUACAUAUAUUUUAUAUAUUUGAAAUAUAUAGUCGCUGGCCAACAAAAAGCACAAAUCCAAAUUUUUAGUUUUUAUUCUAUAAAAACAACACAAAUAUUUGAGAUCUGACAGUCUCCAUUUAUUUAUUUUUUUGAUUUUAAAAAAGCAAGCAAUGCAUGCUUUGUUGUUCGACAGCAAUGAUAUAUAUUUUUUAAUUAUUAGCACGAAUUCUGUGGCUCACAUCAUCCAGUAGUCACUAAUCUAUAUUUCCUAUAAUUUAGGAACAUAAUCACAGAACCCUAAAUUCCCACAGUUGGAACAGUUGUAUAAAAUAUUAUCAAUAUUACCAACAGUGUUUUUGUUUUUUGUUUUGUGUAUGUUUGCUUGUCCUUUUACUCUGUAAAUGCAUGUCAGUGAAACCACUAGCUAUGUGAUAAUGAUGUUCAUGUGUGUCCAUUCUAUGAAGUACACGUUUGUUUACUGAACAGUUUGCACUUUUUGCAUCCUGGUGAGGGCGAAAUCGUGUGGUUUGACAUCUUGAGUGUUCAGAUUUAGCACUGAGUAGCUUUUAUUGUGGAGCAUGUGACGUGGUGAGAGUGACUGAGACAGUGAAACAGUCUCACUGCGUGAGGAUGAAUGAACCCUCUCUCCCCCGUCAUCUCUGUUUAGUCAAGUGACCAAAAAAGCACAACUGUUUGUGUCUCUGCUGGUGAAGAUUUUUUUAAAUUAUGAUGCUGUCGGUGUGGACGCAACAGAUCAAACCUGUCCGUGCUGCAGAAGGGGCAACUUUGGUUAAGGUUUAACUAAUGAUGCAAAGUUGAACUUGUUGUAAUGACACACAGACAGCGGAGCGAAAAAUCUGAAGAAGGUUGCUGUCACUUUUUGUAUAAUGUAACAUGGUAAUUGAUAACCAACGGCGUGUUCGUUCUACCUCUUGCUCUUGUGUUCCAUAAUAUUUUUGCACCGUUAUUGUCAAAUAAAGAGCUUUUGUCUUUUUCGGAUAAA